UUGAUCCAUUGAGAGAAAUGUGUCGGUCACCAAGACUAGUUUACAAGAGAGGAUGGAGAUGGAGAGGAAGUAAGAUAGGUGAGGAUGCGAGGCGGCCCUCCGCAGUAUUUCUCAUCCAUCCCCCACGUUAUCCAGUGAAGAGGAUCUAUCCUUCGGAAUGAGUGUAUCGACUCCGAUUCCUGACCCGGAGGCCCAGUUGCACCCACCCCACCCCCGCUUUUCUCUUAUCUAGCGUUUAUCAAUUUAGACGUUCAGCCUUUUUGCAGAACCCCUGACAUCAGGGUUCCCCCGCUGACGACCCCACCAAGGGUCAACAGCCUUUUUGUGUACUGUUCGCAUCGUUGUAGAAAGAUCAAUUGUUCAUUGUACAACAUCUUUCAUUCUCUGAAUCUGAUAGUAUCACUCACUCUCAUAUUCACACUCUCAUAUCCAACAUCAUGUCGAACCAAUUCGUCUGCCGCUGGGCAUUUCUAAGCUGCUCCUCGAUUGCGUCCGUCUUCCUCCCCGAUAUCAUACUCCCACGGGAUGCUUCAGAACCGAUCAAGCACGAGAUUGUUGCCGUCUCGACGACUGGCUCCGAUGAGAGAGUCAAGAACUGGUUGGCAGAGCACAAGGUUUCCAAUGCCGCAUCUGUGAAGAUCUACAACUCUUGGGAGGAGAUGCUUAAGACCGGGGACUUCGACGUCGUAUACAUCUCGACACCACACCCACUUCAUUACGAGCAUAUCCGUGUUGCGCUCAACAACAAGCGGAACGUUCUCGUUGAGAAGCCAGCCACCAUGAACAGCAAGCAAUACGAGGUUCUCUCCAAGCUCGCCAAGGAGAAGAAUGUGGUGUUGAUGGAGGCCAUGUGGACGCGCUACCUCCCGGCGAUGCAAUACCUGCAAAAGGAGCUCCUGCCCAAGAUCGGCCCCGUCAGACGCGUCUAUGCUGAGUUCUCCUUCCCAAUCUACUCCACGGAUAUGCCGGCUUCGUCGCGAUUCCUGGACAAGAAAGCCGGCGCGGGUUCCCUGCUCGAUAUGGGAGUCUACGCCCUGACGUGGGUGGACGUUGCGCUCAACUCGCUGCCGGACGAGCACGCAUCCACCAAGGUCAUCCACGCCAACUCGAUGCCCAUCAGGGGCGUCGAGGGUAAAGUGGAUGACAUGAACACCGUCAUCAUCGCGAAGGAGAAGGCGGGCGAGCAGAUGGCCGUGGCUAUCGUCACCACCAGCAUGACGAUGCCCGGGUCGAACAAGCCGUCCUUCUACCACCGCUUCGAGGCGAAGAAGGCCGCGCCGUGCGUCCGGAUCGAGGGGGAGAAGGCGUCGAUCGCGGUCCCCUUCCCGCCGAUCCGGCCACAGAAGUUUGAGGUGCAGUGGUACGGCCACGAGUUCCUGGACAGCGAGGGCCUGGAGGUGAACGAGGUCAUUGAGAAGCCGGUUGAGCGCGGCUGGGGCAUCUGGUACCAGGCGGACGUCAUCGCGAAGAGAGUCGCGGCGAGACAGAAGGAUGGCAAUGCUACGGUGGGUGAGGUGAUUGGGGAGGAAGAGAGUCUCCGUGUCUUGAGGUACAUGGAUGAGGCGAGGAAGAUGAGUGGGAUUGAGUACGAUCCUAAAUUGGAGGAGAUAUAGAUUGUAUUUGUUGAUAUGAAACCUACCCAAUAGACUACUUUUCCAUCGAG